GGCUUGUGGCCACUGAGUGGAAGAAGAAAAAGGUCCGGGAAACUUUGCCGCCUGUGCACCGAAGUAAAGGGAAAAUGGCGUGUGCAAAAAAGUGUGCAAUUACAAGUGAGCCUCGCAUGAUACAACGACAGACUGACCUUAACGAUCUAACACAAGCGAAGGAAGUGAAAAUCAUCCUGGUCGAAGGUGCCCAUGACACCGUAGCAAGUGAACGUUCAGCGUGGAGAUUCAUCGUGCAGGACUCCAGGAACAAUGACUUGUUCACCGUGUACAAAGCAUGUCACAAAUGUGAAGAAGGUUUGAUCGGUCUUUCAAGUGCAUCCUUCACAGCAUGUAUGAAGCGAAUGGACAGCGUCGUUGUGAUGAAGUUCGAGCGCCCUCUGCGUCUUCAAAGCGGCCUUAAGGGAUAUUUCUGCUGUUGCCUUGGACAGGAGAUGGAGAUCGAAGCCCCUCCUGGAAGGAGAAUUUCAUCUAUUUCGGAGGAUUACAACAUCUUGGGUACCUCUCUCACUAUCUAUGACGCCAAGGGAAAGGCUGCAUUGAAGAUCCUUGGCUCCACCUCACCCCCGUUCCUGUGCCUCGCGAAGUUUCCGACUGUGUUAAAGGUGCAAACACUGCCAGGCACUGUAGUGGGGGAGAUCAGGAUCGAAGAGUUCAUCACGAUCUCAUUUCACCCGAACCUGGACGUCUACAUCAAGGGAUGUCUGAUCGGUUGCGCCAUUUUGGUCAGGUUCAUGUUUUAUGUGGACGGCUGUGCAUCUGGCUGCUUCCAGCUCCUGAAACUGACCAGGCCAUGGGAUGUCUUCAGGUAGCUGCCACGACGAAGACGACGGAUGAUUCACGGAUAAUUCGUUUGUUUCGCCAGCAAAGUUAGAAUUCCUAAUGACCGGAACGGGACACGGGUGAAAAUCACCGUCUGCGAUAUCUUGGACAAACAUCGGCAAAGAAUGUGCUCAACAUACGCGCAAAACGUGCGACUACAUUGUUUAUCAAUCCAACGUAGAACCAAAUCCGUGUCCAUCUAUUUUUACGGCUGCUUUCUACGUAGUGCAGAAAUAAAGUGGAAGUAGAGAUUCGCAAUGCACUGCCGAGAAAAUUUCAACUAAUGCUCUGCUGGGGAAUAAAAAAACAUUUACCUCGUA